UUAAAAGAAAAAAGUAACCAUAACUAUAGCAAUGUGACUCAACACAAAGUAAGAAUCACAAACUCAGAUACAGAACAAAACAUGUGGCAGACACAACCAAGUGAGAACUAUCAUCAGCAUUACACUGCAACAACAAAUUCUACAUAGUAUAUUUAAGCUCAAAGAUUCACCACUAACAGUUUUUUCCACACACCAACAAACGACAAAACAAAAACUUAGGAAAACAAUAUUAACAACAAUAAUAGUAAUAAAUUCUUCUUUCAUUGUCUCUCUCUCCACUGUCACUUCCUUCUUCCUACUUUCUCUGUACCUUCCUUUGUUUUCUCUCUAAACAAAUAAAGAAACACUUUUUUUUAUUUUUACUUUCUUUGAUACCCCUUUUGCUUUGUUCUUCAAAUUUUCAUUCAAGAUUCUUAGUUCUUAAAAUGGUUUCAUUUGGAGGUGUAUAUAGUGUGGUUUAUGUGUUCUUGUUUGGUGUGUCUUUGGUUUUGGCUGGUGAUAUUGUUCAUCAUGAUGAUGUUGCUCCUACAAGGCCUGGUUGUGAGAAUAACUUUGUUCUGGUCAAAGUCCCAACAUGGAUUGACGGUGUGGAAAACGAUGAAUAUGUUGGUGUUGGUGCAAGAUUUGGUCCUACAUUGGAAUCAAAAGAAAAACAUGCCAAUCAUACUAGAGUUGUCAUUGCUGAUCCUCCUGAUUGUUGUAGCAAGCCUAAGAAUAAGCUCACCAGUGAGAUCAUUUUGGUACACCGAGGAAAAUGUAGUUUCACAACCAAAGCAAAUAUAGCUGAUGAAGCCGGUGCUUCUGCCAUCCUCAUUAUAAACUAUCGUACAGAACUUUUCAAGAUGGUUUGUGAGGAAAAUGAAACCGAUGUUGAUAUUGGAAUACCUGCUGUUAUGCUUCCACAAGAUGCUGGAUUAAACAUUGAAAGACACAUAAAAAAUAACUCCAUGGUGUCAAUACAGUUAUACUCUCCACUGCGUCCCUUGGUUGAUGUUGCAGAAGUGUUUUUGUGGCUUAUGGCUGUUGGUACCAUUUUAUGUGCUUCUUAUUGGUCUGCUUGGACAGCCAGAGAAGCGGCUAUUGAACAAGAGAAGCUUUUAAAGGAUGCUUCAGAUGACUAUGUUGCAGAAUGUGUUGGUUCUCGUGGUUAUGUGGAAAUCAGUACUACAGCAGCAGUUUUAUUCGUUGUUCUUGCUUCUUGUUUCUUGGUUAUGCUAUAUAAAUUCAUGUCGUUCUGGUUUGUUGAAGUUCUCGUAGUUCUAUUUUGCAUCGGUGGGAUAGAGGGACUGCAAACUUGUUUGGUGGCUCUAUUAUCAUGUUUCAGAUGGUUUCAACAUCCUGCACAAACAUUUGUGAAGAUACCAUUCUUUGGAGCUGUUCCAUAUCUGACACUUGCUGUUACUCCCUUCUGCAUAGUAUUUGCGGUUGUUUGGGCAGUUAAACGCCAUGCAUCAUAUGCUUGGAUUGGUCAAGAUAUUCUUGGUAUCGCGUUGAUAAUUACAGUUCUUCAGAUUGUUCGCAUACCAAAUCUCAAGGUUGGGACUGUUCUUCUCAGUUGUGCUUUCCUAUAUGACAUAUUAUGGGUGUUCGUCUCUAAAUGGUGGUUCCAUGAGAGUGUGAUGAUAGUGGUAGCUCGAGGUGAUAAGAGUGGAGAAGACGGUAUUCCCAUGCUUCUCAAGUUACCACGUUUGUUUGAUCCUUGGGGUGGCUACAGCAUCAUCGGUUUUGGGGAUAUAAUCUUACCAGGACUUCUAGUAGCAUUUUCUCUAAGGUAUGAUUGGUUGGCAAAGAAGAACCUUCGAGCCGGAUACUUCGUGUGGGCAAUGACUGCUUAUGGUUUAGGUCUCCUCGUCACAUAUGUGGCUUUAAACUUGAUGGAUGGACAUGGCCAGCCAGCUUUGCUUUAUAUAGUCCCAUUUACACUUGGCACUUUUCUGUCAUUGGGAAAGAAGAGAGGUGAUCUCAAGAUUUUAUGGACAAGAGGAGAACCAGAAAGACCUUGUCCUCAUCAUAGUCAAGAAGACAAUUAACCAAUCAAACAGACUUGUAUGUUUAGCUAUAUAUUAGUUUAUAUAGGAGAGUGAUAGCAACUAUUAGGAGAUUGUGUUAACAUAUGUAACAAAAUUCCAGCCAAAUGGUUCUACUGUGUGCUGUAAAUUUUAUUUUUUUUCUUCUGAGAUAGGUCAGAAGAUUAUUUAAGAGACUCUAUAUUCUUGUUGACGACUUUGUUUCAAUGAGAAUCUUCUCCAAUACCAAGUCUUGCAAAGAGAAAUGACAUUGAGAAGCUCCAUUCAAAAGAGAGAUGACUAAUAAAAGGCUUGCUUACAUUGAGAAGCUGCUAAAUACUGAGUCAUAACUUGUAUUGUAAUGUAAUAAUAUUGUGAAUUUCAAUUUCAAAAAAAAAAAUGUAAUAUUAUUGUGAUGUUUAAUAUUUAAAAUUACCAUCAUUAGAAUAUUAACAUAAUAUCUUAUAAUUCUUA